CUGCCGUGAAAAAGGAAGAUGAGAAGUAGCAGCAGCCCGCCGACACCGAACGGACGCUGAACCGAGUCACUUCCAGCGGAAUGGCGGCAGAGCGGCAGCUGACGGACCGGAGGCCGAGCUCAGCCGCUCUUCUCCUGCCUUAAGCACACGGCGAUCACAGCUGGAGCCUCGGAGCUCAGGAGCCUGGAGGAGCGGCGGGUGGAGCUGCAGCCUGCCGGGCCGAGCCGAGCCGAGCUGAGCUGAGCAGACCCGAGCCGAGCCGCCGUCGUCUCCUGUCCUACCAAUGAUGCUUCGUGAGCUGCAGGACUGAAGCAUCAAGAGCACCGCGCCCUGAAACCAGACCCGACCCCUCCCUGUCCCCCGCCCCCCUCAGUGUACUUGCAGGCUGCAGCAUGGAGCGCUCCGGAAGCAUUCAGCUGGACAUCCCAGACUUCAGUAACUCAGUUCUGUCUCACCUGAACCAGCUGCGUGUUCAGGGCCGCCUCUGCGACAUCGUGGUCAACGUUCAGGGUCAGAGCUUCCGUGCGCACAAGGUGGUCCUCGCUGCCAGCUCACCGUACUUCCGAGACCACAUGUCUCUGAGCCAGAUGAGCACCGUGUCGCUGACAGUGAUCCGCAAUCCGUCAGUCUUCGAGCAGCUGCUGUCUUUCUGCUACACAGGCCGCCUCUGCCUGCAGCUUGCGGACAUCAUCAGUUACCUGACGGCGGCCAGCUUCCUGCAGAUGCAGCACAUCAUCGACCGCUGCACCCAGAUCCUGGAGGGUAUCCACCUAAAGAUCAGCCUGGCCGACCUGGAUGAGGAGUCCAGGGAAGAGGAGGCGGUGCGGGGCUCGAGGGGAGGUAGGACCCUGGAGGCGGUGGUGCGAGGAGGGGGUCACCAUGGGGGUCUGCGGCUACUCGGCCCACGGGGAGGCACAGAGGCAUGUGAGGCAGUCAGCCCAGCAGAAGAGCCACUCAGCCCACCACCAACUGUAGAGCACAGUGGGCUGGAGGGGCCUGGGACCACCAGCAGCAGAGCUGGCAAAGAGCCAAUCCUCCGCAUCAACCGGGCCGGUCAGUGGUACGUGGAGACAAGCAGUGAACCAGAGCGGACUGGCAGUGCUGAGGAGGGCGGCAGCGUUGACGGAGUCCGGAUCAAGACCGAGAGGAUGGAGGAGUGGAUUGGAGCAGGAGAGCACCAGGAGGAAGGGGGCCCAGUGGAGGAGGGGGCUACCGUGAUGAUCGACACAUCAGGACGCAGCACGCUGGUGACAGGGCCGGUGGGAACACUGGGCACUCGCAGCGUCCAACCAUCCUCUAGCUUCAGUGAGACCGACAGGUUCAGUCCCACAGGCAGUGUGGUCGUCCUUGCAGAGCGUCAACGAGCGAAGAGUGAGUCUCCCAGUAGGGCGGAUGAGCUGCGACAGCCAAGCUCACAGGGGGAGGAGCAUGCAGCAUUUGAUAUGGGCAGCUACGAGGACUACCUGAGGGAGCAGGUGGGAGACCGCUGGUUCCGCUACAACCCUCGUCUAACCUGCAUCUACUGCUGCAAGUCCUUCAACCAGAAAGGCAGCCUAGACCGCCACAUGCGCCUGCACAUGGGCAUCACGCCAUUCGUCUGCCGCAUCUGUGGGAAAAAGUACACCCGCAAAGACCAGCUGGAGUAUCACAUCCGCAAGCACACCGGUAACAAACCCUUUCACUGCCAUGUCUGCGGCAAGAGCUUCCCCUUCCAGGCCAUCCUCAACCAGCACUUUCGCAAAAACCACCCAGGCUGCACCCCCCAGGAAGCCCACAGCGCCUCCCCUGAGACUACCACGGCCUCUGUCACAUCCAGGGGCGGUCCAAGCGACGAGGCCUCUCCCAGUCAGGAGGAGCCUGAAGGUGGGGGAGGCGGCGGUGGAAGCAGCAGCGGUGGAGGUCAGUAUGGAGAGGGUCCUCAAGCCUCAGUUUCCACUACGGGGCCGGACUGACCCUAACAGAGGGAGGAGGGUGGGGGGCUGCAGGCACGUAGGGCCGGUCUGAUCCUGUUGUAACUGAAGCCAGCAGGAUGCUGAACCCACUGAAGUCAAAGGACACCUCGGAGUCGGAACAGAGAUUUUUCCGCUUUAAACCGCAUCUACCUUCACUAACCAAACCGAACAGAUUAAGCUAAUAUGAAGAAAUGCCACACACUCAAACAACCUCAUACACCACACAGUUCAGUGGUUCUCGUUUGCCUCCGUCUAGUUUAUGUUACAGAUUUCUACUUUUAUAUUUACAGGUUCACAAUGCAGCAUCACAACAGUCUGUCUGAAGACUUUGCCAAACUACUCAGUGCCAGUUUAACAGUUCAAAUCCUUUGUAUUUGCCUUGAGACAAUCUGGAGCAGUCGGGUAAAUAAUAAUCUUAUGCGCUCUUCAGUGCCACAAUGGCGUAAAAAGAUUUAGUUGCACCAAAAGGUUCAGUGACAAAACUUGAACUGCUGAAGUACAGUUCCAGUGUGAUUGGAGUUCCUGAUCUUUUCCUGUGUUUUUUUUUUGGUGUUUGUCACACUACACUAUCUCACACUCACCAUACAGCGUAGUCCAGAAAACUGCGAUCACACACUGUUCUCCUUCAUUUUACAGAUAUGAUCAUUGAAUCCAGAUUCCAGAGGUUUUUAACAUUUAACAGGUUUUAACCUUUUUAACAUUUUCAUAGCACGUUACGGAAGAUAAUUGGAAAUUUGUCUUUUGAUUGACUUGACUCUGACGUGAUGAUUAAUCGAGUAAGCAUUGCGUCUUCACUUUAGUCACUUCUGCUGCCAGCAGCUUCAUUACAUCUUACCUGUGCUUUCACAUGCAGAAAAACUAAAAUCAUUUACCCACGUGCAGCAUCAAACUUUUGAAUGUUCAGAUCUCAAAAUGGAUCCACAGAUAUUGUGUCCAGUAAGAAAUGACAGCAAAAAGUCAAAAAUUCCCCUAAAUAAAUAUUCUAACAUAAAAUCCUGUGUUCGUCCUGGUCAACAGGAGAGCAGCACCUUAAACUUGUUCCAGUUAAUGUCUGGAUUCUGUGGAUCGUCUCUGAACUCAACAAACAGUCUGAACGUACUUCAAAAUAUUGCACAGAAAUAUCACUGAAAUACUCCACUGGCUUUAAUAUGUAAACUGUACAUAUAACAUUGUAAACAAAGCUGGGUUGGAAAAAAUAUAAUAACAAUCCAUUUCACUUUCUCACAUUUUAUCAUUUUUGUCAAAUCUUUGCUGUUUUCAGUCAGGAUUUUCUUGGUACAAAUUGUAAACAUGUAGAAGAAGGUGGAUGGAAACCAAAAAAUCUGAAGUGGAAAAGUGUGUCAGUCGAAAGAAUUUGACAUGGAAGUGAUUAGUCAACUGACAGCAAAAUGGUCAGCAGCUGUUUUUAUUUUUUACAAUCUGAAUUCAAAUUUUUUAAACAAAAUGUGUCAACUGAAUAUCAGGGUGAGGAUAGAGGGAUUUAAGACUUUUGCUCAAUAUCACCUUCAGCUCAGCUAAAUGAUUUGAUAUGUAAUCAUUUAAAUAUUUAAACUCAAUGUUGAAUCGAAAAAAUAAUAAUUGAGUCAGAUAAUAAUGAAAAUAAUUUGUAGUUGCAGUCAUAUUUGCAGCAAACGUCUUUCAAAAUGUUUUUUUUUUUUUUUUUUUUUUUUUUUUAAAUGCUAGCUGUUCCCACAGCUUCUGACUGAGUUCCAAGGGCUUCUCCAGUGAAUGCAACCUGAUGUACGUGCAGGACUUUAGCUCAAUGAAAUCAGAGCGCCCGACAGAAGGGACCUUAGACCUCGUCCCUGUCCAGGUCAACGUGCACUGCCUGACUGGAAGAAGGACAUGGGAUGCUUGUCGCAGCUCUGGGAAUCAGCACACUUUGAUACAGCUUAAUUUCCAUGCUCAUUUGUGUCAUACUUCAUGCAGGACAAACAGAGAAAAGCGAUGAACUCCAGUCACACUGGGUUGGUUACUUCAGCUGUAGAACAAGCAUAAAUUCUUCAGAUUCAUGUUAGAGUAUUGUGGCAUUUGAACUCAUUUUCUAAGGAUUUCAUAGAUUCGAUUGGACUGUCUGGCAGCCUGUAAGUCGAACAAACUCACAGCAGGAAAACUGGACGGUGUCCAGUCUCAGAUAAGCUACACAGCUCAGUUACCUCUCAUCACUACGCAAUACAGCUGCAGCACAGCACAGUACCACCCGGGUGCUCCGAUUCACCCACACAGAUCUGUCAGUCUACUCAGAUAUUUUUUAUAAACUGGCAUGUCUUUAUUGUUUCUUAGCUAGUUUUUCUCAGACACUUUCUUGCUCUGACAAUGUGUGACAGAAGACAGAAGCUUAUUGUUCAACAAGGUCCAGACUGUGUUGAGACCCAGCCAGCAGCGUCUGUUCCCGUCAAUGAUGUGCUACAUCUGCCGCACUCUGCUUUAAUCCUGUCAAACUAUUCUCCUUUGAUCAAAACAGAAAAUUAACAUGUAGAAAUAUUGUUUCAGUGCUUUAAUGCUACCACAGACCUCCGCUUCCUGAUGGUGCUAAUGUAGUUAGCGCAGUGCUAAUUCAGGAAUGUUGUAGGUGUUCAUUCUGCUAAAGGAAGCACAGAAAGUCUAUUCGGUUGGGUUCUAACAGAUAUUUUUACUGUGUACAAAUUGUACUUUCCUGACCGACUGAUUCCACAGACGUAUUUUGCAAAUGCAAGUGUUUGCAAAGUAAAUAAACUCAAGUUUGAGCUGAUGCUUUUAAAGCUCUUUUUAGCUAAUUUAGGUUAGGUUGCAGCACCUCCAAACUCCACUGCGAUAUAGAGGUAGCUGUUGAGAGUUUACUCGCCAUCUGUAGUUAGCAGUUUAUGUUCACCUUUUAACCUCAGUUCUAUUUUUUUUUUUUAAGCAGACACACUUAAUAGCCAGAAAAAGUGUAACCUAUAUUUAAAGUGGUGCAACAGGAACACUUUAGUGCUUUGAGACUAGUUUGUGAAAUCUUUGCGAGUUAACAGUUAAUGAGCUCCUCGAAUCAGAAGUUAGGACAGUUAGCACAUGAGAGAGGCUGUCUGAAAUUAACCCACUUGAUCACACAUUUUACUCCCUGUGUAAUUGAUGCCAAAUCGUGAGCAGUAAAGUGAGAGUUUGGACAGUCAAAAUCCUCAGAGGUAACUAUCACAGUGGUUAAAUGUACACACAUAGAAUUCAGGCUGUCCAGUAAACUGGUGAGCAGCACAUAGUGUAACAUGUGGUGAAUCGAGGAACAUGUGAACAUCUAAACUGUGUGCUCAGUGCUCUUGAGGUAGUGCAUCAUUGACAACAGACGGUUCUGAUCUGAGCGGACACUGGUCAGACAACGACAGGACAAGGAGCCGGACUAUCAGACCAGAUGGAUGUAGUGGCCAGGCCGUGGAGCUGGACUGAAAAACACCUCCAGAAGUCAAAGUUCACCUGCAGGAGAGCAGGUUAGAUCACCUGGCAACCAAAGGAAAGGCGGCGCGGCUAUGUUGGCCCUCCCAAACGCCAAAACAACUUCAGCACUUAUCAGCAAGAGAGAUGGGGUUGAAAACUUUUUUAUAAAAACAGAACAAUGACAAAUCUACACAUAUUAUCAGACAAACAUAUUUAAACUACUAAGAUGUUUUUUUUUGUAUGACUUCUGUAAACAAGCUAAGAGUGAAUUCCGAUGUAGGGUAGGUAGGCAGGUAGCACACGGAUCAGCUGUUACUGUUUUUCUACAGAGCUGUGAAUCAGAUUCUCAGUGGAUGGUAAAUUUUUUUAUGCAAGUCAAGCCAGUGGCUCUGUCCUCAAUCCGAGUGGCUUGAAUUUUCCUCACAGAUCUCACUGCAGCCGCUGCCAUGCUCACACUUCAGGCUAAACCAGGAUCUAUCAGGUAUACAGACUCUUUUCUUUUGUUCGGUGAAUCGGACGUUUACCUUUCCCAACGUAGCAGAAUGGUAACGGCUAAACCUCAGAGCAAUCUGCAUGCAGCAGAGAUACAACUCACUUGUACACAAACACACAAGCAGCAGGUAAGAAAUCCCAGUGAGUCAGUGCACAGGAUGACAAAACACACAAACCAGGGCUGGGCAAUUUGGAUCAAAACUCAGUAGUCAUGAUAACCACAAGACCUCUUUUCACCUUAAUGCAGCCACAGAAAAUACAGGUGUCUGUUGAACUCCUGUCGCAGUUUUGGUCAGUUUGUGAUCACUGUGGUGAUUUUAACAUGUAAUCUGCAUUUAUUUCUGAAAUCAAGGCACCUUGUUGUGUAUCAUUGCACACAUAUCACAGAAUUGUUUCACAUCUCACUUCAAGGUGACUGGUUAAAGUUUAGUGUAUUGAACAGAAAAAUGACUUUCAGCCGACAUGUUGCCAGAAACUCCCACUUGCUAGGAAUCGAAAAGUCUGAGCACAGUGACUUUUGCAGGACAAUUUUUAUGAGGCUUAUGGGAUGUGAAUGGUUAUGAAAGUGUUAUAAAUCAUAAAUUGUCUUCAGAAGUAGACAGUUGCUAACACAAAUGUACAGUUACAGUAUUUUGCUGAAUUUGAUCGUCAGCCAAAAAAAUGCAAAAAAAUGUUUUAACUAUAAAUUAAUUUUACAAAAUUCUGAAACACAAAAAAUAUCUCAUCUAAUGACUCAGGCAUGAAUACAGACUGAAGAAUGAGUUUGCCUAAACAAUUGUAAACUUAAACUUAUUUCUGCAGAAGUUACUUUUAGCUCCUCUGUGCAUUAGGUUUUAUUCCAGCAGCAAGCUGACUACUUUUGAAAAUGAGAGGAGGUGAGUCUGUUUCUUCAUGCACUGUUAAAGUCCUUCUCCGGUUGUUGAUUUAACCCCUGAAAACUCAUAUCUGUGUGUCAGAGUUAGAUGUUUUUUCAUGAACAUAAUCCCUUCCUGCCUUAACAUGGCUUCGAUGUAACCUGAGACUGUUGCUCCUCAAGAAUGUGCAGAUCUACGACACCCCUACCUCUCUCUCCAUGCACCCGUCCCUACUUACUGCGACUCAAGCACACCAGCUCACCCACAACUCUGCUGAAAUGCUGCAAAGCUAAUCUGUGCUACACAAGGCAUUUUGUAAUGCUGGAGUAAUUCAGUCAUCCUUGUUUGACCUUGCAGCCAACUCUGUAGGUCCGUCCUGCAAGUUAUCAGGAUUGAUUGGUUCUUUAGGUUUGUUUCAUCCGAAGUGCUGAAGGUCUGAAUCCACUCUGUGAGACUGUCAUUGAUACAUUGCAGUUUCAAGGUGAAGACACUCAGCCAUGGCGCUGACUGCUCACUUUGCUAAACAUGCGUCUUCCAGAAUAUAACAUACACCAUGUGGACAUGUUAACAAGGUUCAGAACUUGAUUUUCACUGGAGGGGGUCUUUAACAGAAUUCUGUGAAUUGUGGCUUUUAUUAUAAAUGUAAGAAGAAACAUUGUGCACCGUGCAUUAGUCAUAAAACAACCACCCAACAUACCUUUUUGACAAUCUAAAAAAGUUAAAGUUGGACAUGUUACCCAGCUCCAACAUGAACACGUGAACACAAAUUGUUUGUUCUGCAGAACCUCCUGCAACAAACAGAUAAAAUUAACUCUUGGUAUUAAGUAUGUUUUGUAAAGACAUGUUGCAUUUUCAAAGAUGCCCUCGGCCUUUUUUACGUUUCACAUUGUAAUGAGUUUCGUUGGCUUUCUCCUCUCUGCACUUUGGUGUACUGAAGUAUUAAGGACUUGUUUCAGAGAACAACACAUAAUUUCAAGCCAGUGACAGUCAAGAAAAGCUGCUUUCAGAGAGCUGGAACAAUCUGGUUCAGUCUGGUCUUGCUAGCGGAAUCUAAAGAAGGAAAAGUCGGAUCAGAGUUGUGUUCAUGAACCACUGUGUUUUAAACACCUUGAAUUUUUAUUGAGAACUCACAUUACACAAUAGCAGGUUGGCUUCUCCUUAAAUUAGAGCUUUUGUAUAUUCAGAUUUGUAUGUUGUCAAAUUGUUUCAGUUUUUCAUUCAAAGAAUUAUUCAAGCUUCACCUGUUUAUCUGGCCAAAUGGUCAUUUAUUGUUGGGUGGUUCUUCAAAUUAUUAUCCUGUUCCACAUCUCUUCAAAUAAAUGAACUUUUUUGAUUGGUGCAACAUUAUCCAAGUUAUCCACAAUAGGAGAACAGUUUUUCCUAUACAACUGAUGAAACAGAAAAAAGACCACUUUCCAAUUGUGACCAUUUUUUAUGGCAACAAUCAAGUUGGAAGACUGGCAGUCUUUCACAGAGUUCUAUAUCUGAUUUGGAGUUUAAAAGUAUGGGCUUGCAGGAAAAAGCAUGCAACAAU